CCAUCGGCUCAUUGCACAGAGAGGUGAGCUGGCCAAUUACAGACACCACUCAUCGCAAAGAUGGCUGUGUGUCAAUACUUCUUACGUGGCCAGUGUAGGUUUGGAGAUCAAUGUCGUAACGAACAUCCAAGAGGCGGAAAUCAAUCAAGCGGUGGAUUUGGUUCUUCUUCCGCUUUCGGAUCAUCAUCUGGCUUUGGCUCUUCUUCUGGUUUUGGGAAUCAAUCUAGUACUUUCGGUCAACCUUCAGCUUUUGGUGGCGGGAGUGCAAAGCCUGCAUCCGUAUUCGGUUCUUCGAAUACAGGAAGUGCUUUUGGUAACUCGUCUCCUUCGACUGGAUUUGGAGGUUUGAAUAAAGGAACUUCAUUAUUUGGCUCCAGUACAUCCACCACAUCUGCCUUUGGAUCUUCCAGUCGGCCGCCAGCUACUUUUGGCGGUCCUAGAAAUAGUACAACUUCAGCUUUCGGAUCGAGUAGCGGCAAUGGAGGAGGUCAAGGGAAGUUGGCAAAUGUUCAGCCUGGUCAAAUCACUUUGUCCUCAGCGAAUAUGCGAGAAGACUUGGGGCCAAACAAUCGACCUGUAUGGAAGAUGAGCGUUUAUGGACCUGCCAAGUAUGAGCCAAAUCUUAUCACUUCACAAGAUGUUAGUCAAGAAGAAAUGCGUCUGAAAGCAUAUGAGGCUCUAAAGGAAGGAAAGGUAUCUGAGUAUGCACAACAAGAAGCUACACUUGCACAGCAAAACGAUAACUUUGUACAACAAGCUCUGUCCAAUAUCGAAGCCGCCUAUCAGCAAGCCUUGAAGAAUACGGCAGAUCUAACAGGAAAUAAGCAACCAAUUGGAGCAGGAGCGAAUGCUAUGUCAGCUUUCGGACAACCUGCAUCGACUAGCGCUUUUGGAUCGUCUACCUCAGGCAGCGGAAGUGCUUUUGGAGGAGGAUUUGGUUCAUCAAAUACAGUGUCUACUUUUGGUCAAUCAAGUGCUUUUGGCAAACCUGCAAAUACCUUUGGAGGAAAUAAUGCUGCCGGCACUUCGAGUGGGACAGGCUUUGGAGCAUUUGGAGGAGGUAACCCCUCUGGAACAACAUCAGCUUUCGGACAGCCAUCAGCUUUCGGUGCUUCUACUACGAACACCCAACAAUCAGCUUUUGGCGCGCCUUCUGCUUUUGGGCAACCUUCAGCGUUCGGUAGUCAGCCUGCUGCAGCAGGAUCCACUUCAGGAAUCGGACAGACAUCAGCUUUUGGUUCUGCAGCCAAACCAUCAGCGUUCGGUCAGACAUCCGCUUUUGGCGCUCAGACAGGCAGCAGUGCUUUUGGACAGCCUUCUGCCUUUGGUAGCAAUAGCGGAACGAGUGCUUUCGGUUCGAGCACCAACAAUACAAAGACCACUCCAUCUGCUUUUGGCUCGACGACUACACCUGGCACCACUUCAACUGGCUUCGGUGCAACGAAUCAGCCUGGGCAGAAUUCGUCUGCGUUUGGUCAGACCAGUGCCUUUGGAAGCUCGACAAGUAGCUCUACUGGCUUUGGAGCCUUUGGUGGUGGCCUUUCGAAUAAUAAUACGACUGCUCCUUCUACAUUUGGUGGAACGAGUGCAUUCGGAUCCACAUCUGCUUCUGGAUCUGCUUUCGGAGGAGGAUUUGGUGCGGGAUCAAGUACAGGUUUUGGAGCAAAAGCUCAACCAUCAACUUCUGACCCAUGGGCUUCAGAAGUGCCGAAAGAGGAAGAUCUUCCGGCAGAACUAUUAGCACUAUUCAAAGCGGAAACUUUUGAAUGGGGUAAAGUACCUGGAGCUGAACCACCGAUAUCAGUGCGAUGAUAGGAUUGCGAUAAAGAUAAUAAUGUAUUUCUAGAUGUACAAUGCGUUGUAAUAUUAACCCUCUAUCAUUUAAUACCCGUCUAUGCAUCUUUUACCGCUGCCCGUUUUUCUGCCAAAACUUUCUUUGCCAUUCCUUCCCGUUUCUUUUCUCUCGCCUCGAUUCCC